CAUACAUCUUCCAAGAUGACCAGUGUAUGACAACAGAUUUUGUUGAAGGUGUGCUAAUAUCUGGAGGAAUGGCAGACGAGGAUAUCAAUGGGGAUUCUGAUGAGGUGCAGCAAGAGAAGUCACAGAAAAAGACAGCCAAAUAUGACAGUGGAGCUGCUGACCUGGAGAGGGUGACGGAUUAUGCUGAAGAAAAGGAAAUAUCGUCGUCUGAUGGAUUCUCCAAUGCACUUAGUAUAAUUGGAGAUCGUCGAAAUAAAGAAGCAGCGGAGAAGAAAGCUAAAGAGAAGGAAUUAUUGAAAGUUUCUAUCAAAAAAGAAGACGUUGAUCUCAUUAUGGGAGAGAUGGAAAUAAAUAGAAAUCUAGCAGAAAGAACACUCAGAGAACACAGAGGCGACGUUGUUCAGGCCCUCAUCACAUUAACGAAUUAAUAAAAACGAACAAUCUUCGAUAAUUGAAAUAAAUAAAUGAACUUUCCACAUUGUAUACAACUGUCAAACCAGAGCCAACAUUUCGGGGAAAUAAAAUAAAUUCCAGAUGUGAAUAUUUAUUAAUAAUUACGAGGUACACAUCAGACACGUUUGAUUUAUUCAAUUAAUUACCCGUUAUUUAAUCAUUUGGUAUUCGAGGUUUUUUUGGUCACAACUUACCAUGAUGAUCCCUAAGGUCGAUGAAAUUUGUUUCUCAUAAAUUGUCUUUAGUACAUUUAUCGCAGAUAUCUUUACAUUUUAAUGCAGAUUAAUCGGCAUUAACUCUUAUUGUUCUUCAGCUGCAAUUGAAAAAUAAUAAAUAAUAGAGUAAUUUAAAUAAAGAGGUGGGUUGAGUGAGUAAAUUACAUCUGUCCUCCCAAGAUUUAUAUAAUGAAAAUGUAAUUUUAUUUGAUGUGGUGCAAUGACUUAAAAUAAAUGGAAAAAAUGAACGUUUGUAUGAGCUGGGAUUCAAUGAACAGCUGAGAUGCAAAAUCAUUAGCAAUUGCCACUGAUAAUAAUUCUCACGUCACAAAAAAAAUAAUGAACAAAUACCUGAUAAAAAAAAUUAAACAAUUUUCAUAUCCACAUAAAUGCAUAAUCUGGAAGGUGUAACGAAAUAAAAUCUGACAACCAGUGGCAACAACUCUCUUGCUAAAACGCUGAUUUUUAUGAUGAGGUAACACUUGUCUUACUUGUACUUAUAUUUUAUCAAAUUAUCCAGUCAUACGCUCAUAUAUUCUUGCUGCAGUUUUCAAUUCUCCAUUGGUUUUUUUGUUUCUUUUCCUUGACUUAUAAUUUCACACAAUUCUGUUCAUUCUAUUAAUUAGCCCAUUUUUCUCAGGAAAACGAAAGAGAUAAACAAUAUUGGAUUAUUACAAAUUUUUUUUCAACUUUUGACCAUUGUCCGUCAGUCCCAAAGUGAUAAUUUUACAUACAGUGCGAGAAUAAUCGGAAACAGUGAGAAACUCUGUUGUGCAGGGGUCAAACUUCAAUUUAUCACUUUUAUUCAGUAUUUAGUUGAGGCCAAUGCCAGAGAAAAUUUCUUCCCUGUCAUUUUAACUUUCACUACAUCUUGUCUGUUCUAUUCAGUUACGUUUCACCCCGUCACUACUGAAUUACCCCAGAGAAUGUCACCGAUUGAUUUGGAACAUUUUCACAGUCUACAAAAACAAAAUGAGAAAAAGAGAAAAACGCAAAUGAUAUAAACGAAAGAAAAAAAAAAUCAGUGUCAAUAGUUCCUAUUCUACAGCUCAUAAUAGUAGUACUGUCUUGUCCAUUAUAAAAUAGAUAGUAGAUAUGUACAAUAAGCUUAACUUCGAGUGUGCUUAAUACAUGUAUUUCCUUCGCUCUUCCCGAAGACAGGAGGGAUUGAGGGGGAGGGGGGCUUUGGGACCGGCCGAACAAGAUUUAAUGUCAUCAAUUAAACGUCACUGGCUGCAGGAUCGACACAUUUGAGGAGUUGAAUUGCAUUAUGACUUUUUUUGUCUGGGUAGGAAAAUGGGAGUUACAGUUGCAAUAAUUACAAUCGGACUUAUCACAGAACAUGUAUGGCAUUAAUCUUCAUCAUUCAUUAAUGUUAUGGUAUAGGGGGGGUUAUUUGUUUUUUUUUUUUCGUUCAAUUAAAUCGAUAAAACUAGGUUUUGGAGGAUCGGGAAGCCAGUAUUAGUACUAAACGACAAUUAUUGUUUUUAAAAUGAUUUUUUCAAAAGUUUUUUUCCCUCUCUUGGUUGCCCAUAAUUCAGUUCAUUCAUCACACACGACUGAUUUGGUUUAUCCCCUUUUUUCGUUUUGUUUCCUGUGACUCGAGAUUUAAUUACACAAAAA